AUGGCUUCCCCAGAAGAAGCAGUCCUCUACAGGGAGCAAGGCCGCAUCGCGAUCAUCACCCUCAAUCAACCCAAGAAACUCAAUGCCAUGAGCCAACCUUACUACUACCGCAUCUCCUGCCUACUCCGGGAGAUCGCAGAGAAUCCCAACAUCAGCGUCACGGUGAUCACAGGCUCGGGUCGGUUUUUCUCCGCGGGUGCAAAUGUCAAUUCUACCAGACCUGGUGUUGGACCGGGCUUGGACAAAGAUGCCGCACGGAAUGAUAUUUUGAAGGGGUUCGUGAGCAACAACUUGGAUAUCACACGGUCGUUCUAUACGCACCCGAAGAUCUUGGUCGGUGCGCUGAACGGGCCAACAGUGGGGUUGUCCGCAGCCAUAUUGGGCUUCUGCGACUUCAUCUAUGCCACCCCGCAUACCUUCCUGUUGACGCCGUUCUCCUCGCUUGGACUAGUCGCAGAGGGUGGUGCGAGCAUUGGGCUCGUGCAGCGCAUGGGUCUGACAAAGGCCAAUGAAGCACUCAUCAUGUCCCGCAAGAUCCCAUGUGAUGAGCUCGUGGCUUGCGGCUUCGUGAACAAGGUCUUUUCUGGCAAGGAUCAGAACGACUCUGAUGGGUUCCUGAAACAAGUGUUGGCAGAAAUCGAUGACAAAUUGGGCGAGCACCUGAACCAAGAGUCCAUUCUGAAGAUCAAGGAACUGAUCAGACGGCCGUUCUUGGAAGGCCUCGAGGCACAAGGAGUUCGGGAGGUGAUGGAGGGCAUGAAGAGGUUUAUCCAGGGGGCACCGCAGGAAGAGUUCAAGAAGAUUGCUAGUGGACAGAAGAGACACAAAUUGUAG